GGAACUUCCGGAUGUGACCACAGAGAGAGGGAGAGACCGGGAGAGGGGGAGAAGGGGAGAGAGGGAGAGACGGAGCCGCCAGCAUCCCUCCGGCCCGCCACCGCCGGGACCCCGCACCGCGCGGGGAGCCGCCGCCCGCCGCCCGCCCCCCGGGCCGGGCCCCCUCGCGCCCCCCUCUCCCCCGCCUCUCGGUCUGUGGAUCUCGGGCUGGUUCCAUCCUCCCAGGACCCGGGGGAGGGACUGGGGGCCCCGGGGAGGGGGCCUCGGGCGGCCCUCCCCCGCCUUCUCGCCCCUGCCCUCGCUGGCAGGAGCCCCUAGCUGUGACCCCCGCGGGGGCAGGAGGCUGGGGGUCCAUGCUCGGAGCCUCCGCUCGGCCCGGCGCCUGCCGCUGACGGCGGUGGGGGUGGGGGGGCCGGGCACCCAGCCUCCUGCCCCACCCCCUGGCGUCGGCACCGCGGGCCAUCUGGGGCCGCUGCCCCUGGCUGCGCCCUCCCCGCCGGCCAGGCCCUGGAGGGACCCGGGAGCUGCCGCCGGCAUCAGCCCAUGGCCCGGAGGUACGAUGAGCUGCCCCACUACCCCGGCAUCGUGGACAGCACUGCAGCCCUGGCUGGCUUCUCGGAGGCAGUGCCCUCGGCACCGAGAGCCCCCGGGCCCUACGGCCCCCACCGGCCUCCCCAGCCCCCGCCCCUGGGCUUGGAUAGUGAUGGCCUGAGGAGGGAGAAGGAUGAGAUCUACGGACACCCACUCUUCCCGCUGCUGGCCCUGGUCUUUGAGAAAUGUGAACUGGCCACGUGUUCUCCCCGUGAUGGGGCUGGGACUGGGCUGGGCACACUCCCAGGCAGUGACGUUUGCUCCUCCGAUUCCUUCAACGAGGACAUUGCAGCCUUUGCCAAGCAGGUCCGCUCCGAGAGGCCUCUCUUCUCCUCCAACCCGGAGCUGGACAAUCUGAUGAUACAGGCCAUUCAAGUGCUCCGCUUCCACCUGCUGGAGCUGGAGAAGGUCCACGACCUGUGCGACAACUUCUGUCACCGCUACAUCACCUGCCUCAAGGGAAAGAUGCCCAUCGACCUGGUCAUCGAGGAUCGGGACGGCGGCUGCAGGGAGGAUCUCGACGACUACCCGGCCUCCUGCCCGAGCCUCCCAGAUCAGAAUACUACAUGGAUUAGAGACCAUGAAGACAGCGGGUCUGUACAUUUGGUGACCCUGGGUCCAUCCAGCGGGGGCCUGGCCUCCCAGAGUGGUGACAACUCCAGUGACCAAGCACAGCGUGCCUCUCCCUGCUCAGGAGAUGGGCUAGACACAAACGUGGCCUCUCCCAGUUCUGGGGGAGAGGACGAGGAGCUGGACCAGGAGCCGCGGCAGAACAAGAAGAGAGGCAUCUUCCCCAAGGUGGCCACCAACAUCAUGAGAGCCUGGUUGUUCCAGCACCUCUCGCACCCGUACCCCUCAGAAGAGCAGAAGAAGCAGCUGUCGCAGGACACGGGGCUCACCAUCCUGCAAGUCAACAACUGGUUCAUUAACGCCCGCAGACGCAUCGUGCAACCAAUGAUCGAUCAAUCCAACCGCACAGCAGGGCAGGGUGCAGCCUUCAGCCCAGAGGGCCAGCCCAUGGCGGGCUACACGGAGACUCAGCCGCAAGUGACUGUCAGGCCCCCAGGAUCAAUGGGGAUGAGUUUGAACUUAGAAGGAGAGUGGCAUUAUUUAUAGAGGCUGGAGUCAGGAGAAAUACCCCCACCUCUGGACUGUGGCUGCCAGGCUCAUACCUGCUUCUGGUCGACGCCUGGCCCUCUGGCUUCAGCACCCCACCUCCUAUGGCCCCCCAACUCAAUGCCUACCUCCCUGGGGCCCUGCCGGGACAUGAGGGGCCUGAGCGCCCACUCGAGGGUCUCUCAAGGACAAAGACAAGGCCUCCAGGCCCUGUGCCCCACUUCUGCCCUCACCUCUGCCUGGAACCCGAGCGGAGAUCCUGGGCCUGGGUGUUCAGAAGAUGGUGGCUGGGUACCCCCCCAACCCCUAGGACAGAGAAGGGAUUGGGGGUGGGCUGGGGCCAUCAGGGAAGGAGGGUCACCCAGAUCCGACAUUUAGAGAGGUUCCCUUCAUCCUCCCAGCCCACCCUCUUUCCCCCUCCCCCACCUCCCUCUUGUGUUGUCUUCUUUUUUUUUUAAGCAUAAAGUCUUAAAAACAAAAGGCCA